CUGGUCCCGAGUUAGGACAGGAUAAAAAUAUUAUUUAAUAGAGGUUAUUAAUUAAUAGAGAAUUAAUUUAGGGAGGUUUUACUGUAUUUUUUUAUUUUUUUAUUUUUUAAUUUCUUUUACUAUGUUAUAAUGGAACCAUCUCUUUCUUCAACUAGUAGUACUUUCUCUAAGCUAUAGACACACCUCCAUUUCUUCCAUUAAUUCCUCACCACAUCUCAUCUUCCUCUUCACACACACACACACACACACACACAGAAGCAAAUCCUCUAUAAUGUGGCUACAAGAUUGUCAAGGCAAUCCAAAGGAAUCCAGAUCAUGCGGUGCACUAUACGGCAGUACAAGGAGGCUCCGCCAUCUUUUGCCAAAGCCUACUUCGAUCCCCAAAAAUACUCCAUACUCCCUCGUUUCAUCUAGUUUCUGUGGUUGCAUCAACAACCACAACAACAAUAUUCAAUUUUCCAUGAAUCCUCAACAUCAAGCUUCUUCCAUAGUUGAUAAAUCAAGCAAAGAUGAGAAACAUAAUCAUAUGGAGAAUAUAGUGAGUACUUCAAGGUGGAAUCCAACUCCGGAGCAGUUAAUGGCCUUGGAAGAAAUGUAUAGAAGAGGAGUAAGAACACCUUCAUCUGAAGAGAUCAAGCUCAUCUCUGCAAAGCUAAGGCAGUUUGGAAAGAUCGAAGGGAAGAAUGUGUUCUACUGGUUUCAAAACCACAAAGCGAGAGAGCGACAAAAACGACGUCGCCAACCACCACCUGAGUCAUCAACAACUUCAUCAUCAAAGAAGCUUGAAAAUGAGAACAAUGAAACCCUAGAAGGAAAUGAUCACAAAGGUUUUAGCUGCAAAUAUUUGGAGGGUGAAGACCAGAAUUUGACUACCAGUCCAAAGGAGCCUAAAACAAUGCAAAAACCAGCGGAAACCGAAUUGGAAUAUGAGGGAGAAAUGCAACAACAGAUGAACCAAUGGGAAAUGGCAAAGGGAGCAACCAAACAAACAUUGGAGUUGCCUUGUAGGGCUUCUUCUUCAAACUCUGACAUAUUAUUAAACAACAUAAAUGCAACCUUUCCAGCAGAAAGUUCAAGAGAAGCAGCAGAAGCACAGCAGAAGAUGCUUAGUGCAUUAAAUUUCAGCAUAUUCUCUUCUCCAUCAUCUUUCUAUGCAGAUGAUCAUGAUGUUACCAAGCAUGAAGAUGAAAUGCCUAGAGACCAUCGGACACUUGAGUUAUUUCCUCUUCAGAAAGAUGGUUAUAAUGAUCAUUGUUCUGAUACAGUAGCCAAUGAUGCAGAUUUUCAAGAGUUUAUGGACACCAUGAAUCCCAAUCUCCCACCAAACCAAUUUUAUGAGUUCCUUUAAGGUUUUCCUAUAUACCCAAAAAAAAAAAAAUGAAAUUUGUUUUUUUUUUAAGUUAAUUAGGUAUAUUAAAUGAUAUGAUAUGACAUAUAAGGAGCUAGAGGGGAAGUUGAUCAUCUAAUGGAUAUUUGAUGUGAAAGAUGGAUUGAUGUGAUGUAAUCUAAGAACCUAAGCCGGUAGAAAGUUUACUGUGUGUCAACUGUCAAGUGUGAUUUAUCAUAGUAUUUUCCCCUUUCCCAUAUGGUAUUUCAUGAAUUGUAACUUCCUUUUUUUUAUGUUCUUUCCAUUUUUGGGUUUUUAAUAUUCUGCCUUCUGUUUAAUGACAGUUGAAAGAUUCAUUUACUCUAUACAUUGAUAGUUCAUUAGUUAUUUGACGAAAAGACAUUGUUCGUCC